AUGGAUAGAGACUUGGCGAGAUUGAGCGCCACCCCUUUCUUCCUUGAGAUAGAAACCACACCACUCCCUGCGGGCUUUCACCAGCCCAAGUUUACGCUCUAUGACGGGAAAACUGAUCCGUACAUGCACGUGAGCCACUUCCAGCAAGUCAUGGUAGGUUAUAGGCGAAACGACACACUUAUAUGCCUUAUUUUCCUAUCGCGUUUGGAUAAGUUGGGCCUGAAAUGGUUCGAGUGGCUACUGGAGAAAAGUAUCGAGAGGUGGCAGCAGUUGGCAGAGGCGUUCGUGACCCGAUUCAAAGCUAACACCAAAAUGCCCAAGGAAGUCGACCACCUUCUAGGCAUCAAGAUGGAACCGGACGACUCACUCAAGGCGUACAACGCCAAAUACUGGGAGACAUUCAAUGAGAUUCUUGAUUGUCCGACCAACCUGGCAAUCACCCAGUACAAGUGCAGUCUUCCAGUCGGGCAUAGGCUGUGA